UGCCGGGGUAACGUAUUGUAGUAUUAGGUAUAGACUGAUAACUUUGUGUUAGUAGUGCUGCUUUGCCCCAGCCAUCAUGGGGAAAAGUAUACGGUUGAGCUAUUGUGUUCUUUUUGUUGUUUCCGUUUUAUGGAAAACCGCCGUUGCUGAUAAGUGCUCGUUAGCAUGUAAAGGAUCUCCCACGUCCCCCACUUUCCUAAACGGCCACAAAUACAACUACGGCGUGGAAGGAACUGUCUCCAUCUUCCUGACCGGAGCUGAAAAGCAAGAGACCAGCGUCAAACUCCUCGGCCAAGUAUCCGUCGCUGCGUUGGGCAAUUGCGUCAAUGAGCUUGUAGUCCAAAACCUCGUGAUAUCUGGACCUGACGGCAAGAAAUACUCCAGCCCACCCGGCGUGGACAAGCCAGUGCGCUUCACACUCCAAGAUGGCCGUGUUGGUUCAGAGAUCUGCACCGAAGACGGAGACACGCGUCGUUCGCUCAACAUCAAACGAGCCAUCAUAUCGCUGCUGCAGUCAGAGAACAAGCCUAGCACACAGGUGGACGUAUUCGGAUCCUGCCCGACAGAAGUCUCAUCCUCCAAAGAGGGCAACGCGUUCCUGGUGCACCGCACCCGUGACCUCUCCCGCUGCGCAUACCGCGAACAGGGCAAAAAUGACAUCGUCAGUGGUAUCUUCAAUCCUACCGCAGAGAUCAAAAACAGCCAAGUUCUGCAGUCCAACUUAAACGUAGAGUCGAAAGUCAACAGCGGCGUCCCUGAGAAGGUAUCAGCGACCGAAGAAUAUCUGUAUAAACCUUUCUCCGUUGGUGAAAAUGGAGCCAGAGCCAAGGUCCACACCAAGCUGACGCUCACUGGAAAAACUGGUGGAGCCGCUGGAUCAGGUAACUGCAAUAUGCAGCGCUCUAUCAUCUUUGAGAAUCCUCAUGGCCACGUGACUGGCAGCAACUUCGACGCCGCCAUCGCCGCCGUCCGCGAUACCGCCAAGACCCUCGCCAGUGAGGCCAACUCCAAGUCCGCUGGAGAAUUUGCUCAGCUCGUCAGGAUCCUGCGCGGUUCGAGCAAAGACGACCUCACCAAAAUCUACGGACAAGUCAAAGGCAAAAACUUGGAAAGGCGCGUAUUCCUCGACGGUCUCGUUCGUGCAGGCACCGGCAGCAGCGUAGAGGUUAUAGUGGAUCUGAUCAAAAGCCGUGGACUCAAUGGCUUCGAGACACAGAUUGCUCUUUUGUCCUUGGGCAACGCUAAGCACACUUCCGACGAGGCUGUAAAGGCUGCUGCGAACAUUCUCGACCUUCCCAACCUGAACAACGAGGUCUACCUCGGUGUGGGCGCUUUAACUGGAGUAUAUUGCCGCGAUCACGACUGCCACAAUGUCAAAUCCGAUGGUGUCGCCGCCGUCAGUUCGAAAUUUGCUGCCAAGCUGCAAAACUGCAAACCAAAGAACAAACAAGAGGAGGAUCGUGUGGUAGCAGUACUAAAGGGCAUCCGUAACAUCCGUCACCUCGAAGACAGCUUGGUGGAUAAAAUAAUUCGUUGCGCCAGCGACAACAAUGGCAAAGCACGAGUCAGGGUUGCUGCUAUUGAAGCCAUUGGUGCAGAUCCUUGUGCCACUAAGGCCCACAAAGCUGCCAUGGACCUGAUGAAGAACCGCCAACUAGACUCUGAGAUCCGCAUCAAGGCAUACCUAGCUGUGAUAGAAUGCCCAUGCGCGCACUCCGCCAACGAAAUCAAGACUCUGCUUGAAACUGAACCUGUGCACCAAGUUGGCCGUUUCAUCACCUCAUCGCUGCGUCACAUCCGCAGUUCUGCCAAUCCAGACCGCGCACACCAACAGCACCAUUACAGUCAGAUUCGCACACCCAACAAAUUUAACGUCGAUGACAGGAAAUACUCCUUUUUCCGAGAGCUUUCAUAUAACGUGGAUGCUCUAGGGGUCGGCGGAAACUUGGAACAGACAGUUAUCUACUCUCAGGACUCCUUUCUACCUAGAUCUGCCAGCAUGAAUUUGACCGCCGAACUCUUUGGACACAGUCUUAACGUACUAGAGGUUGGAGGUCGUCAAGGCAACCUAGACCGCGUGGUCGAACAUUUCCUUGGACCCAAGAGUUUCCUUCGCGAGCUGAAGCCCCAGGAAAUUUACGACACAAUCGUCAAGAACUUCCAGGAAACCGAAAAAACGGUUCAAGACAAACUCAGCCGUGGACGCCGCUCAGUCAAGACUGAAGUUGACAACUUUGAUAAACACCUGAAAGCGGAAACUAUUUCUUACAACAACGAGCUGGAUUUAGAUAUCUAUCUGAAGCUAUUUGGCACCGACGCCAUCUUUCUUUCCCUCGGUGACGACAAGGGAUUCGACUUUAACAGGGCCAUUAGUGGACUACUCUCUGCCAUCAAUGGUGGCAUCGACCAGGCUAAGCACUUCCAGCAAGAACUACGUGCCCACCUUCUUUUCCUCGACGCUGAGCUUGCUUAUCCAACCUCAACCGGUUUCCCUCUGAAAUUGGACCUCAUUGGAGCCGCCACUGGCCGAUUGGAACUCGGAACCAACAUCGAUCUUCGCCAGAUUUACCGCAACCCCAAGAAUGCCAAGAUUGAUGUGAAGCUAGUUCCAAGUACUGAUAUUGAAAUUGCUGGUCUCUUCCUCGUUGACGCUGAUGCCGUUGCAACUGGUCUUAAAGUUGUUACCAACCUCCACUCUUCAACUGGUGGCCAUCUGAUUGCCAAAGUCCUGGAAGAUGGACGUGGCAUUGAUCUCCAGUUUGGGCUGCCCAUCGAAAAGCAAGAGAUUAUUACCGCUUCCAAUGACCUGAUUUUCGUUACGAGAGAAAAGGGACGCAAAGAGAAGGAAACUGCUCUGAAGGUUGAUACUCAAACAAAGGAAUAUACUGGAUGUUUCGACCAAGUUUCUGGACUUAUUGGUCUGACUCUUUGUGGAGAAGUAGUGGUGCCAUUCUCAGUAUCUGGUCCUGAUGCCCAAGCAUCCGUUGCCAAAUACCUAGCUCGCUAUCCACUAACCGGUCAAUCAAAGGUGAAACUGGUGCUGGAAAAGAACGAUCUACGAGGAUACCAUAUCAAGGCAGUACUUCGAACUGAUAACCCUGCGAAGCAGAGCUUUGAAGUCCUUUUCGAAGCUGAAGGAACAAAGAGCAACCGCCGUACCUCGCUGUCAGGAGAAUACAUCACCACCCCUGACGAACGGACCCUCAAACUGUCACUCGAAGCCCCAAUUAAGACCAUUUACGGUCAAGUCUCUUACAUCACCAAGAACACUGAACGCGUCCUUUUGGCUAAAGCCAAGAUUGAUGCCGCUGAAUAUUACGGUAAAAUUGGUUUCCUCGUCAACGGCAACGAACAACGCUAUGUUUUCAAACCCAUUAUUGAGUACCAAGUUCCUGACGAACAAGGCAAAAAGAACCUUAAAGUAGAUGGCCAACUAAUAAGAGAAAAGACGAAUCUUGGUGCAAAAUACAUUAUUGAAGGUCUUAAGAUUACUCUGCCAAACUCAAAUGAAUUCGUCGAUAUUCACGGCCACUUGUUAUAUGAACCUAAGAACUAUGAAUUAGAUCUCAAGGCGAAGAAGGGAGACCACAACUUGCAAUUAAAUGGUAAUCUUAAGAAUUACGACGUAAGAGUUGAGUUCAAGAAUACUUUGAAUCCCAUAAUCAACUUUAAGGUCAACGGACAUAUUGAGAAUACUAAUGAAAACUACCACAACGACAUUGAAUUGGCAUACAGCAACAACUUUGAGGAUCCACAAAGACGCGUAAUAUUCAACCAGUUGCUCAAAUAUCACAGGGCCCCAAAUGCACAGGAUGUUGCAGUCAUCACUAAAAACAGAUUUGAAAUCCGAUAUCUACCUAUUAAGAUCAAAGUAGAUGCUGACAUUGACUCCAAGAAGGUAGACAUUGAACUCGAAGGCCAGUACCAAGAUAAGAGCGCCGAGUUUGACCUAGAAGCAAGAACUCAAAUUAAGAAACCUGGAGACUAUAGCGUUAAAGUUAAAGGAGAAUAUAAUAAGCAGGGAAUUGAAGCGUUUGCAAAGAGAGACAUUGAAUCAGCUGACAAAUCCAAUUUAGAAAAUUAUGUCGUUAUAAAGGGAGUUGGCAAAUACGAACUCUCUGGUGUUGUCCUUCACAAGACCAAGGCAAACGAUAUGAAUGUGGGUGCUGUUGGACACUUCAAAAUUUCUGGUGGUGGCAAAACUGAAGAUAUCGCAUUCGACAUUGGAGCAAUUGAAAACGCAAAGCUCUACUCCUCUCAUGCUAAGAUCUCCACCACUAAGGGCGAGAUUCUGGACUUUUUACUUAAACUGAACCGUGGAGCCAAUCCGUCUGGACAGAUCAAAUUAAACGUCAGGGAUAUUUUCAACACCAACGGACAGUUCCAGGUCACUGACAAGGACGGAAAAGGCAACGGUGUCAUCAUUGUUGACUUCAAGAAGUCUCAACGCAAGAUCAAGGGAGAUGUAAAGUUCGUGGUUAAGGAUCCUGUAUACAACGCCGAUGUCGACCUGUUCCUCAAUUUCGAAAAGGACAACAAUGACAAAGUCCAUAUCAGCACUAACACUAAGAACACAGAUAAACUUAUCGACUCUAAGAACAAAUUCAACUAUCGUGAUCAAAAGUUCGAGGUGAAUGUGCACCGUGAUGGCGAAAUUACUGGUAAAGGCAAUUCUCACGCUAAUGUGGAAGUCGUACUACCGAAUGAGAGGUGCUUCAACCUAAAGAUUAACAAAAACGUUGAUAUUAAGAACGAUGUUGUCAACGGCCAAGCGGAAUGCAGCCUCUCAGAUGCACCCAAGCGCGGUGGUCCAGCUUCCACUAUCACAUUUAAAGGCAAAGUAACCAAUACUAACUAUGAUAAACAGGAGUUGAAUUUAGAAGGCCAGAUUGAGCUGAAACUAAAGGACGGCAAGAACUUGGUCAACAAUUGGUACCUGAAGAACCAACCUGAGGGUGAGGGAAAGAGCCAGUAUGAAUACAAGACCGAAGUUAAGGGCAACCUUAUCCCGCAACCAGCAUCACUCUCUGUAAGCCGUAACCGGGACCGCACGGGACCCUCAUCUGAUGAGAAAAUCCGCGUGAAGGGCAACUACGGUAACGACAUGAGCUUUGAGUACACCGGCUCUGCCAUCAUCAAGGAACAUAACAACGACGUCUCUAAAUACCAGCAAGACAGCAACCUUAACAUCCGAUUGCCGUUUGAGCAGGCUCAUGAUAUCAGAUUGGCGUCUAACGUUGUCUUCCUUUUCCCUGCCAACGAAAACGUCUUCAUUGAGUAUACGAUCAUCGAGCAAGCGCAAGUGAACGCGGACGUCUACAAGUUCGACUCGAGCGGCAAGUUAGGACUGCAGAAAGGCUUCGAGAAAGUGAAGGUGCUAGUGCCUCAUCAGGAACCUCUCGUAUUGGAAGUUCACUACAACGUUGAUACCGAUAAUGAAAAGAAGAAGCUGUCAGUGGACCUGAAGUCUCAAUACGGCAAGGGCAAAACAGCAAAUAUAGCUCUGGGUGCACAGGUAGCGUCGCAAGAGUUCGACAUUCAGAUAAACGCCAAUGCACCUCAAGCUGAAAAGCUUAAGAAACUGGCCCUGCAGAUCGUGGGCAAGACUUCAAUGUAA